AUGAGUCAGUAUGCCAAUGUACCGCGCUCAGAGCUCGAUGAGGCUCAGAUACGAGCGCUUGAGGAGCACGAAAUAAGUCAAGGACCAUUGUCCGUCUUGCAACAAGCGGUUCGCAACAAUACCCAGAUUCUUAUCUCCCUCCGUAACAACAAGAAGCUACUGGCACGUGUGAAGGCGUUUGAUAGACAUAGUAACAUGGUUUUGGAGAAUGUGAAAGAGAUGUGGACAGAAAUCCCCAAAGGCAAAAACAAGAAACCCGUGAAUAAGGACCGAUUCAUAAGCAAGAUGUUUCUACGAGGAGACUCUGUCAUUCUCAUCCUUCGCAACACUGCUUGAUUACCCGUUUCGUGAGCCAGAUCCUGUCCCAUGAUAGCGAACGCGUGCAUCAUGAUGAGGGCUCUAUUGUGCCAUGUGUGUGUGGGCUCCGCAAGGUCGCUGAAGCAACACACCCCACUUGCACAUAAACCAAUACAAUAACGCGUGAUCAUUAAUCUAUCUUGUUGCAUGUAGCAAAAAUACCGCAUCCUCUUCGCUUGGGCUCUGAUCGGAAGCUGCGGGGGGCAGGG